GAAUCUGAGGGUUUCUCCAGGAAGUACAUGUUUACUUAUCACUUUUUCCUAUGCUCCGUAAAAAUUUCUUAGUUUAUUCCAGUCGCUAGGAGACGCUAAGCCGGAAAAGGAAAUGCCUUUCAAGACAACUUCCGAGAGAGGCGCCAUGGCUUCUAGGGAGGAGGUGCUCGCCUUGCAGGCGGAAGUUUCCCGGCGUGAGGAAGAGCUAAGUUCUCUGAAGCAGAGGCUGGCGGCGGCUCUUUUGGCGGAGCAGGAGCCAGGGAGGUUGGUUCCGGUGUCGCCCCUGCCGCCGAAGGCCGCCCUGUCUCGAGAUGAGAUUUUGCGUUAUAGCCGGCAGCUAGUGCUGCCUGAGCUGGGCGUGCACGGACAGCUGCGCUUGGCCACCGCGUCCGUACUAGUCGUGGGCUGCGGUGGGCUCGGCUGCCCACUGGCGCAGUACCUGGCAGCGGCCGGCGUCGGCCGCCUUGGCCUUGUGGACUAUGACGUCGUAGAAGUGAGCAAUUUGGCCCGCCAGGUGCUACAUGGCGAGGCGCUGGCCGGCCAAGCCAAGGUCUUUUCGGCCGCCGCCGCGCUGCGCCGCCUCAAUUCUGCGGUGGAGUGCGUGCCCUAUGCUCAGGCGCUUACCCCAGCCACGGCGCUAGACUUAAUCCGCCGCUAUGACGUGGUGGCUGACUGCUCUGACAACGUGCCCACUCGCUACCUAGUUAAUGACGCAUGUGUGCUAGCCGGCCGGCCUCUCGUGUCAGCCAGCGCCCUGCGCUUUGAGGGCCAAAUCACAGUGUACCACUAUGACGGCGGGCCUUGCUAUCGCUGCAUAUUCCCCCAACCACCUCCAGCGGAGACAGUGACCAACUGCGCGGAUGGCGGCGUGCUCGGUGUCGUAACUGGGGUCCUGGGCUGCUUGCAGGCGCUGGAAGUAUUGAAGAUCGCCGCAGGUCUGGGUCCAUCUUACAGUCGCAGCCUGUUGAUCUUUGAUGCCCUCAGAGGACAAUUUCGCUGUAUUCAGCUUCGGAGCCGCAGGCCUGACUGUGCAGCUUGCGGCGAGCGGCCCACUGUGACUGACCUGCAGGACUACGAAGCCUUCUGUGGCUCCUCAGCCAUUGAGAAGUGCCGUUCGCUGCAGUUGCUGAGCCCAGAGGAGCGAGUUUCGGUCACCGACUAUAAGCGACUUCUGGAUUCAGGCUCACCCCACCUGUUGCUGGACGUCAGGCCUCAAGUGGAGGUGGACAUCUGUCGUUUGCCCCAUGCCCUACACAUCCCUUUGCAACAUUUGGAACGGAGGAAUGCGGAGAGCCUGGAACUCCUAGGGGAAGCAAUCCGGGAAGGGAAGCAGGGCACACAGGAAGGGGUAACUUUCCCAGUUUAUGUGAUUUGCAAACUUGGCAAUGACUCCCAGAAAGCCGUGAAGAUCCUGCAGUCCUUGACAGCAGUCCAGGAGUUAGAAUCUUUAACAGUUCAGGAUGUUGUGGGGGGCCUCAUGGCGUGGGCUGCCAGAAUUGAUGGAACAUUUCCGCAGUACUGAGGGGGAUGGGAGAGUCUGACCGGAGGCAGAUAUGGAUUGCCAUGUUACCCAAAAGAUACAUUUAUUUGCAUUUUUUUCCCCCAGGAAUGCAUGGAGAGACUGGGUUUGUCCAAUAACGGAAUACAUGGACUCCUUUUUAUUAAGGGCUUUUUUGUUGUAAUGUCUUGGAUGCUGUUGUUAUUAAUGGGUUUUAAUACUGUUUCUGAGAACUAUCUGGUGUUUUCAGCGCUUGAAAGAUGUCUUGAACAUGUGAGUUAUAAUGUUAAGUGACAGGAUUUUGUGUUUUGACAGGUCAUUUCUCUGUUCUGCUUUUUUUCCCACCUCCCCCAAUCAAAAAGUACUUUAAAUCGUGUAUUUUUAUGCUUGGAAAGGUGUAGUAAACUUAGUCUUCCUGAAUUGAUCAUAGAUGAUAUACUUAAGGUCAAUUUAUUGUUUAAGACAUUGUUUGGGUCUUUAUUUCAAAUGGUAGAAUAUAUUCUACAGAAAUGUUUAAAAUGUAAAUGACUUUAAGUAUUUGAAUUAGUAUCAGAGUGAGAUAUUUAGUAAGAUAAAGGAAACCUCCUUUGUAGUCUGUCAGUUUCUCUUAUAAAUUGCUGAUUUAAGAAAAAAAUUUCUUACAGUAUUGUACACACUGUAUACUGUGGUUUGGCUUGCUUUGGAAUCCUCAAGCCUAAGUCCCAAACUUCUGCUCUCCCCUGCCCUUUAUUCCUAAUCCAAUCUGUUAUUUUUUUUUUCUUGCUUUACUGGCCAAGUACACCAAGUACAAUGUUGAAUUAAAGUGGAAUAGUGAGCAUUCUUACGUCCUUCACGAUCUCAGGUGAAAAACUUUUGACCAAUAUUACUUGUUACUGCUUUAGUGUAGCUACUGCCCUUUAUCAGAUUAAAGAAAUUUCCUUCCUUUUA